UCAGACCUAACAAUAGGACAUCUUGGCUUGCGGACAGGCAGUGUGCACGGCGUUUUUAUUUCUCGCCCUUUUGAACAAUGUUCCGAUCGGGCGAAGCACCGAGUUCGCGCGAUGUUUUCUUUUUGAUGUAAUUGCGAGGAAGAUGACUCGAAUCCUUCCGUCGGCGAGAGCGGGUGUCUAUUGGAGCCGAGUUGGCAGUGAGCUCGGGUUCCGUAUCGCGUUUCAGAUUGCUGAGGUGAUAAUAGUGCCGUUAACUUAUACAUAUCUGCUAUGUAAAGACUUGUCGGACGCAAUCUAUGCGAGAUAAAUGAUCAUAAUGUCACUAAUCUAUAUUAUAAAUUCUCCUAUUGCGUACGUGCUAGAAAGCAUCGAAUACAUGCACCGGUACGACCCGUGGGCUGUCGCAGUUUUACAUUCGUAAAUUGUUGUCUCGGCUACUUACAUUCUCAGUCGCGGUGUUGCUGCGAAUUACCUAGGCGUAAUCACAUCAACCAACCACGCCGCCGGACAUAUACUCACAGCUCAGCCAUCCGGACUGUGUCUCUUCAGCUGAUGUCUUGAACGAACAUGAAAAUGCUCUACUCGGGCGGAAAUCUAGGUCAGAUCGUUCUUGGACCAUUCGCCGUGCAGGCGGUUCGUUUAGAUGGAAUGAUGUUAAUUGACCCACGGUGGUCGCGAGGGUGGGCACGACGGAAUGGCUCAGCAGGAUGUGUGGGGUUAUGGGGCCGGGGGGUACUCACGACAGCCCGGAUAUCCCUUAUUCAAACAACACUACAAGAAGGUAGCCCGACUAGGUAACCAGUGAAGCUAAUAUAGGCCCGACAUCAAAGGUGAACCAACUCUUGCGGAAUCCGAACCACAAACUUCAGAUUUGCUGUAGCCCAUCCAAGUAAAGAUGUUCAACCAUCUAAAAGCAAUUUGAACCAACCCCGGGUUUCAGCGUAAGUACAUCUGACGUAGCUACAGCAGUAACUAGAUCCUUCGGCGAAUUCAAGCAUCCUUCGCCCAAGGCUUGACUGCGCAUCCAUCCUUUCAUUUUCCAUCGCAUCAGCUCGCUGUGUUUCGUUGUUUUCAUUCGUAAACCUCCCAAAGAGGACUAUGCGUCGUCCUCUGCCAGCGCU